AUGUCCCAGCAUAACAUUUUUCAUUCCCUGAUCAACUCCACAUCCCCCAGUGCAGGAAAGGACACCAUUGUGGAUAACAAAAUUGCCACCACUGUGGGCGCCCUCAUCCUGUGCCUUGUCUUUCUCUUGGGCUUCCCUGGAAAUCUCUUUGUCAUCUGGAGCAUCCUGGCCCGUGCUCGAAAGCAGUCGGUCACCACUCUCCUCAUCCUCAACCUAGCUGUUGCUGACGGCUCUCUGAUGGCUCUCACCCCGUUCUUCAUUAUCUACCUGGUUUUGAAGAAAUGGGUAUUUAAGAAAGUGAUGUGUAAGAUCCUCUUCUACCUCUGUCUGGCCAACAUGUACGCCUCCAUCCAUCUCAUCAUGCUGAUGAGCCUCUACAGGCUGGUGGCAGUCCUGUGGCCGCAGCGCAUCAGUGUUAUCACCGGCCGGAGGACUGUACUGCGUGUGCUGGCGGUGGUGUGGGUGCUGGUCAUGGUCGCCUCUGUUCCUGCAAUUAUCUUCAGAGAUGUGAAGAACUUGAGGAAUACCUCGGUGUGCGAAUCAUUCCAUAAUAAAGACAACCAUGUGGUCUUCCAGUACACGCUGGAGCUCGUGUUGGGGUUUUUAAUUCCCUAUAGCAUCAUUUUAGUCAGCUACAUCUGCAUCUUACGUCGGAUCCGACAGACCAAGUUCCGCCGUCGAAUUCGCAGCGAGAAGCUCAUCCUGGCCAUCGUGUUGACUUUCUGCCUCUUUUGGUUGCCCUACCAUCUCAUCAACAUGUUGCAAGUUACGUGGGCUUUGUGUCCAAAUGGACCAGUGAGAGACAAGUUGGGUAAAAUAUGGCACAGCAGCCGUGCUGUCACCUCAUCCAUAGCCUUCAUCAGCAGCUGUGUCAACCCGGUGCUCUACUUCUUCGCAGGAAAGUCUUACAUACGUCAAGAGGGGUUGGCAUUCAUGGCCCGCUUGUUUGAGGGCACAGGGCUGGACUCGGCCACCAGGAAGAGCCGACAGAACAGCCAGAACAGCCGCGACAAAGAUAAAGACGCAGAUGCCGUCAUGCUAAAGGACAAAGAUCCGGACUCUGUCACCAACUCGAGCUCUAAUAUCAAAACAGUGAAGAAUGGCAAGUAG